CUCCUCCUCCUCCUUCUCCUUCUCCUGUUUUUUCUUCUCGCGUUUUCUCCUUUUCGGUGUUCCCGUGGUCGUCCCCAACAGCGUUCCCGUGCUCGGGAGCCACAGGAGACGUACAGCUAUAUUCUCACUCCGUCUCCAUUUGCCCGUCCAGUUCACGCGCAGCUCUUAUCCGGUCACUCCAAAAAUAUUAAAAAAAAAAAAAACAAACACCCCGCAACGCGUAGAUCCGUCUCGCAGCACGGCAUAACAUCGUCAACACAUUCGAGUCGCUUCCGCCGCCGUCGCCGUCAACAACCGUAUAUCAUGGGCCGCCACUACAGCAGCAGUGGCUUGUGGGCGUCGUUGGCGCUGACCGUGGCCGUGGCCGUCGCGGCCCCGCAGACGCCCACGACCAUGGCGGUGGACCCGGCCGUGGACGACGUGGUGUACGAUCAGCGACAGAACGGCACCGAGAACGUGCGGAUCAGUCUGAGCGAUCUGAAAGUGGUGCUGGCCCCGGCUGACGGUCUGUUUCAGAUCAUGUCCAUGGCUGGAGCGCAGCUGUUCAACACGGAGAUGGCCAACGCCGCAACCGAACACCGGCCCACUGCCGUCGAGUGCAACGGAUAUAAGUGCAACAACCGGCACAGGCUGGCUGCUAAAAAGAAUCGUUUCAAACUAUCGAGUUUUAUUGCACCAUUAUUAAACAACCAAGCUGAACAGAAAAUUUCAGAAAAUGGUGGUGUUAAAAAUACCAACAAAAACAAUAAUUGAAUACUAAGUGUAAAUUAUUAUUUAAAAUCGCAGUUUAAAUAUAUUUAAAUUAAUAAAGAUAAGUAUAUAUUAAGUUUAGUUUAAUAAUUUAUUUGUAAAUUGUUUGCAUUUAUCGUUACUAGCAUUAAAUUUUACAUCCUGAGCUUAAGCAAGGAAUAUAUUGAUUUUA